AUGGCUGACAGUCAGAAUCACCAAGACGCAAACACAGUAGUUGGACAAGAACAGUACGAAGAAGCGCGAAAGAACUGGCUUGACACAGCCAAAGCUGCACAACAAGCCAAAAACGAAGCCAAGCAAAAGUACAACGAAGCUGACCCCGGUACACCCUUCAUCGAAUGGCUCGUAAGAAGAAGCCCUGCAUUCACUAGAGCCUACCAUGCAUUCGGUAAAGCCCAAGCCAAAUUCGACGAGGUCUAUCUAGAGUACGAUAAUGCAGCGGCGCAGGCAUGGAUCGAUGCGAAGAAUGCUGAGAGGGAGUGGAGAUGGGGUAGGGAUGAAGAAAAUACGCCAUUUCUGAUCAUUCUACCUGAGAAUAUUCUUCCGCCUCGCAAGACGGAAGAGGAGCUUUGGUGGGAGGGUUCAAGCAAGUAUGAGUAG